AUGGCCUCGAGUCCUCAGUAUCUCGCCCACAGUGCGCACGACCAGGUGGGCACAAAUACAUCUACGCUGCCCGACGGCUCCUGCCCCAGUGGACAGCCAUCCACUGUUUCCGCAUACCCAGAUCCAGACCAGAUAUACUCUUCGGUCUCGGCCUUCGACCAGCAUACCGUUGUCGACGACGAUAAUCUCUUGACUCCGGUGUCCAGCGCUGCUUCACCACCUUUGCACCAGCGGUCCAAGGUCCAGUCGCCGUACCACCAGCCGCAAGACUCUCCUCAGUGCCCACAACAGCCAACCCCUCCCAACACGUCCACGAUGUAUCCCUACUCAGACUACGUGAACAGUGCGAGCCAGGCAUCUUCCCCCAUGCCCGUUCAAGCCACUGUGACUCAAGCAUCCCAUGAUAUCCUUGGGCCCUACAUCCAUAAUUCCCCAGGCCACGAAGACCCCAUCCCACCACCACAGCCCGCCCCAUACUUUGGCCACUACAGCGCAUCUAGCGUGUCGGUAGGGCCAGAGCCAGACGGGCUGCCCUCAUACUACAUGCACGAUGUAAUAAACGACAACUCCUACGGACUGAUCCGUGGAACUGGCCUGCCAGACAUCAACGGCGGAUCCUACACACACAGGCCGCUGGCUCCAAACAUGCUACAGCAGCCUCCACAAGGGCAGUACCGCCGCGACGUGCUCCCAAUAUCAAGGCUCUCGCCAUCAAACUAUGGGCGUCCUCCACCGGCCCAGGUCAAGAGACACCCCAGCCGGAAGCCCAGCGCCAGGAAGUCCCGCGUGAAGAAGGAGCAAUCGUCCAGCCCGCCGACGAUGCCCCAGGCCUUCAGGUUCGAUGAUGCCGGCAGGGGCGUUGAGGCACUCGCGCCGGAAGAGGACGUCGACCUGGACCAGAAGACACCGGCUGACCUGAGACGACUGUGGAGCAUCAGGCAGAAGUGGUUUGGCAGGAAGGGCCAUGGCAUGUGGGAGAACAUCAUUAGGGACUUCCUGGGGCCUGAGGAGGCCGAUGCCCUCAGCGAAGACAAGAAGACGCAGGUCAAGGCGAACCUGCAGAUGAAAAUUCACAGGGGUGUCUUGAGACACGGCGAAUGGCCAGCGCGCGACAAAGACGCACUGCUCAAGGCCUAUGUGAAAUGGGAGGAGAACCGCUACAACGAGAUCUUCAGGCUGUUCAUGGAGGAGCUACAGAACGAGGGCCACGCCCCGGCGUACGAGUGGAAGAGUGUCCACGUCGAGGCCGAGCUCGUCAGAUUAGGCCUGGAGCAGAAGCAGCGCGAGCCGUCCAAGGCGCGCAGGAGGCGCGUCCAGAUCCCGGCGCGCCACCGCGCCGCCGGGGGCCACGGCUCCUCACACACCAAGUCUUCUUCUAUCCACAUGCCACACCACCAGCAGCAGCGCCUCCCAGCGGUGUUCGACCUGACGCCUCAGUUCGGCCACUACCCCAGCCAGCACUUUGGGCAGCAGCAGCAUCACCCGUACGGCAUCGGCGGCGGGCACAAGCGGGAGAUGUCGGCUGGGUCAUCUUCAUACGACAUGUUGGUCGAGCAGCUGAACGGUCAGCCCCAGCCGCCGCUGACCGACGAGCAGCACGAGCAGCUCAUCGACGAGUGCCUGGAGCGGACGCCGUUCGAGACCGGCCCUGAGGACUCGGCGUUGGGCAUGUCCGACGACCCAUACCCUGAGGAACAGCUUCCCCGCAGCAGCCGCCCGUCCUCAUCCUCGCUGCCCGCAAUCAACGGCAUGAUCGCCUCGGCGUCCGCAUCGCCGGACAUCAACGCGCAGCGCAGCGCGGCCGUGGCCAGGCAGGCGUGCGGCGAGCUGCUGGAGCACUCGGGCGGCCCAGCGCAGCACAACAACCACCACCAGUACGCUGGUGUGUAA